UCUGUAUGCCUGUGACUAUAGCACUCUGAGCUUGGACACCCCAGCUUUGAGGCUGCUGCUGCUGCUAAAAUGUCUGAGACUAAUCUGAGAAUCAGUGGGGGGGCGGUGAGGUUUGGGGCGACCUAUGGGGGCAACAGGCUCUUCUCUGGGGGCAGGAGCGGUGGAGGUGGCGGCGGAGGGGCUGGAAUGGCCCUCUCCAGGUCUUUUGGAAUGGGCGGGGGUGGAAGAGCGGGACUCGGUAUGAGAGGGAUGGGGCUAGGCAUGGGGAUGGGAAUGGGUGGAGGCCUUGGGAUGGGAGGAGGCAUGGGGAUGGGAAUGGGUGGAGGCCUUGGGAUGGGAGGAGGCCUGGGGAUGGGGUUAGGAAUGGGGGGCGGAGGAGGUGGAGGCGGUCUUGGGAUGGGAAUGGGUGGACGUGCCUUUGCUCUAGGAGCCGGCGGUGGAGGGAUCAGUGCAGCAGGGUUCAGGGCUGGCGUGGCCCCACUCAGGGCUCGCUUGGGCGGCCGGGUCUUCAAGAUCGGAGGCUAUGGCUUCAACCCGUCUUUCCUGAGCUCCACCACUGCAGUGGGUGGUGACGUGGGUGUCAGCCCUGUGCCAAGCAUCGACCCCUCGCUACCCUCGCUCGACACAGUCCAGGUGACCCGCCUAAAGGAGAAGGAGGAGCUGCAGGUCCUCAAUGACAAGUUUGCCACCUUCAUUGACAAGGCUCGCUCUCUGGAGCAGACCAACGCUGUGUUGAGGGCCAAGAUCGCCAUGUUCACCAACCCGGACCAGAGCGGCCCUGCCAACACCUCCAUCCUGCUCACAUCUGCCAUCGGUACCUACAAGAUCCAGAUUGAUGGCCUGUCUGCCACCAAGGAGGCCAUUGUUGCUGAGAUUGAGCACUACAAGAGCAUCAUCGAAGAUGUCCAGAGCAGGUUUGAGGAGGAGACCGUCCAAACCAAGUCAUUAGAGAUGGACUGGACCACAUUAAAAGAGGAGGUAGACAAUCUCUACAUGAGCAUUUUUGAGCUUCAAACCAACAUUGGCGGACUGGAAGAUCAGAUUGGUCUCUCAAAGCAGGUGUAUGAUGCUAAAGUGAAGGAGGUGAGGAACAUCAUGACGGGCAGUGUGCGGUCAGCCUUCUCCAUCUCGGUGGACAACGCGGCCCAAGCCCAGGACCUGACCUCUGCCCUGUCGGACGUCAAGUCCCACUAUGAAGCCCUGGCCCAGCGCAGCAAGCAGGACGCCCUUGUUUCUGUGCAGGACAGUCUCUCCAUGAUGUCCAUGACGUCCCAGCCCAGUACCCAGACUCUGACCCAAACCAAAGAGGAGCUGCGCAUGUACAAACUGCAGAUCGACUCAGUACAGAGGGAGAUCGACAGACUCAAGACCCUGAACAUCCAGAUGGAAUCUCAGGUGGAUGAGGCAGAGUCCCACUCCAGCUCCCACACAGAGACCUAUCAGGAGCAGGUGCUGACCCUCAAGUUGCAGCUGGAUGACAUCAGAAAGCAAAUAACACACUAUGGUCAAGAGUACCAGGAACUCCUGGCCAGUAAAAUGUCUCUAGAUGUUGAGAUCACUGCAUACAAGAAGCUUCUGGACAGCGAGGAGAGCAGACUGAGGUCAGGAGGCGGCGUGACCGUGCACAUGUCGAAGACUGCCAUUGGAGGAGGGGGAGGUGGGGCUGGCCUGGCCCUGGCCCUGGGAGGAGGAGGCGGCGGCAUGGGUCUGGGAGGAGGAGGAGGAGGAGGAGGCGGCGGCAUGGGUCUGGGUCUGGGAGGAGGAGGAGGAGGUGGCGGCGGCGGCGGCAUGGGUCUGGGAGGAGGAGGAGGCGGCAUGGGUCUGGGCGGUGGCUACAGAAUGGGCGGAGGCCUAGGAGGUGGCUUUGGAGGGGGUCUGGGCAGUGGCUUUGGAGGUUUUGGAGGAGGUCUGGGGUUAGGAGGAGGUGGAGGGUCUUUCGGAGGUGGGGGAUCCUUCGGAGGCGGGAGCAGCUACAUGUCCUCCAGCCUGAGCAGCAGUGGACUCUCUUCAACAGUGUACUGAGGACAAACAGGAACGACCAGAGAAUCUCCAUCUGCCUACAUUGAGAUGGAACCCUGUUUUGGCAGAAUUACUAAGAAAGAUCAACAGUCUCAGAUUCUGUUGUGUGACUUGCCAUAAUGUAACAUGUUUAAUAUCAAUAAAAGCAGUGUUAUUUCACAA